GCCCCGGUGCUCCCCGUAGCCCCCCGCUCCGCUCCCUUCCCUCUCAGCUUCUCCUGUCCCCGGGUCUGCCAUAGUCUCCCGGUCCCCCCGCCUCGGUUCCCCCGUAGCCUGGCCCCCCCGGUGCCCCGAUCGCUGCCACCAUGAGCGAGCUGAAGGACUGCCCGCUGCAGUUCCACGACUUCAAGUCGGUGGACCACGUGAAGGUGUGCCCCCGGUACACGGCCGUGCUCGCCCGCUCGGAGGACGAUGGCAUCGGCAUCGAAGAGCUGGACACGCUGCAGCUGGAGCUGGAGACGCUGCUCUCCUCCGCCAGCCGCCGCCUCCGCGUCCUGGAAGCUGAGACCCAGAUCCUGACGGACUGGCAGGACAAGAAGGGUGACCGGCGGUUCCUGAAGCUGAGCAAGGACCACGAUGUGGGCACCUCUGUCAAACACGGGAAGCCCAAGAAGCAGAAGCUGGAGGGCAAAGGGGGACACGGGACCGGGCCUGGCCCCGGCCGGCCCAAGUCCAAGAAUCUGCAGCCCAAGAUCCAGGAAUACGAGUUCCAGGAUGAUCCCAUUGAUGUACCCCGCAUUCCCAAAAAUGAUGCUCCAAACAGGUUCUGGGCAUCGGUGGAGCCGUACUGUGCUGAUCUCACCAACGAGGAGGUCAGAGUCCUGGAGGAGCUGCUUAAGCCGCCGGAGGAUGAGGCUGAGCAUUACAAGAUCCCACCUCUGGGGAAGCACUACUCGCAGCGCUGGGCCCAGGAGGACCUGCUGGAGGAGCAGAAGGACGGAGCCCGGGCGGCAGCUGCUGCUGACAAGAAGAAAGGCGUCCUGGGGCCACUGACUGAGUUGGACACCAAAGAUGUCGAUGCCCUGCUGAAGAAGUCGGAGGCCCAGCACGAGCAGCCGGAGGACGGCUGUCCCUUCGGACCCCUGACGCAGCGUCUCCUGCAGGCCCUGGUGGAGGAGAACAUCAUCUCCCCCGUCGAGGACUCCCCCAUCCCUGAGAUCGCCGGCAAGGACUCGGGAGCCGACGGUGCCGGCACGUCUCCCCGCAGCCAGAACAAGCCCUUCAGCGUCCCCCACACCAAGUCGCUGGAGGGGCGGAUCAAGGAGGAGCUGGUGGCCCAGGGCCUGCUGGAGUCAGAGGACCGGCCGGCCGAGGACUCGGAGGACGAGGUGCUGGCCGAGCUGCGCAAGAGGCAGGCGGAGCUGAAGGCCCUCAGCGCCCACAACCGUGCCAAGAAGCACGAGCUGCUGCGGCUGGCCAAGGAGGAGCUGCACCGGCAGGAGCUGCGGCAGCGCGUCCGCAUGGCCGACAACGAGGUGAUGGACGCCUUCCGCAAGAUCAUGGCCGCCCGGCAGAAGAAGCGGACGCCCACCAAGAAGGAGAAGGACCAGGCCUGGAAGACCCUGAAGGAGCGGGAGAGCAUCCUCAAGCUGCUGGAUGGGUAGGGGGGGCCGAGGAACCCAACCCCCCCCUUUCUGCCACGGACCUGGGCAGCCAGCCAUGGUGGCCGUGGCCCUGUCACCUGCAGGGUGGUGGCAUGCCAGCCCCCUCACACGCCUGGGUUACCCACCCGGGUGACAGUCCCAGCUGCUGUCCCCUCUCUGCGUGGGGCUGUCACCGACCCAGGCUGGACAUCCCACUGAGGAGCUGAGGUCCCUCCCAGGAACGUGUGUCCCCCCCCUCCCCGCCGUGGCCAGUGGCUUCCGCUCCUGUGCCCCCCCCUCGCUCCCCCUGUUAUUUUGGGAGGGUGACAUCAGCCAGGCCACCGCGGGGGGGUGCGGAUGUGGUGGCUGCUGCGGUGCGGCUCCCACGGUCCCCUGUCCCCUCCCUUCGGCCCCGGGGUGGGUGGGAAUCCCG